AUGAAGAUUUAUUUUAUUCUCCUACUCUUCGGUACUGUUACAACUAUUCAUGCUAUUACUGGCAUAAUUCAAAAUAUUACUAUUGUUGAAGAAAGAUUUCAUCCAAUUGUGACGCUUGCAUAUAAAGUUAAUGCAAUUGAACUUCAGUCAUUUAUUGAUCCAAGACUAAAAGUGGCUACAUUUACUGAUGGUUAUGCUUAUUUAAUUAUUACAGUGGACAAUAUAACCGUAACACCAUUGGUUUUUAACGCUGUUUCGGUAACUGCUUUGGAAACGAAAAUCUUUACAAUCGUUUCUCAUAACAAUCAACUAAAACGUAUAAUAUUACAUCUUGAAAUACAAAAUAUUCUUUCAAGUAUAUUAUGUGAACCCUUUAUAGAAUUUCCAUACGGGUGUAUGGUAUACCCAAAUAUGACAUCUAGCGUAGAUAAUCAAACAUCAAAAUACCAAUUUACAAUAAAAACAUUUAAUCCUGGAACUCUAAAAACAAUCGAUUUUCAAUUAAAAAUAACAUUUGAUAGGAAAACAUCACUUAAUUAUAAUGAUCAAUCAACAUUACCUGGUUUUGUGUUGAACAACAUAACAAAUAGUCAAUUUGUUCAAUCAUUGUAUAGUAAGCAGACAAUAGUACCAUCUCUUACAAGUAAACAGUCCGAAAAACCGUUACCAUUAUUAGCCACCGGUAAUGAUUAUGGUUAUUAUUUUACUGUUGUUCAUCCAUGUAAAACUACUACACAAAUUAUAUCCAAUUAUAUAGAAGCAGCAAUUGGAAAAAUGAAGAGUUUGAAUGAACUGCAACCAGAUUUAUGUGUUUAUUCACCAUAA